AUGUCUACCGUAACCCCCUACGCAAGCUCGGCUAUCCUGGCCUUCGCUUAUAGAAGUCGCCUAGGUUCCCAGUUCUUCUACGAAUAUUCCCGCCAGGUCUUUCGAUUUAAUUCAGCACUAGUCGCCGUCAAUGCUAACGUCUUAUUAAGACCUUACUUGAAUACCUGA